AUGGAUUUAUUUACUCGUCAUUCUAAUAAUUUAAAGCAGAAUGUUAACAUAAUAGAAUCAGUCUCUUCCCUCUCGGAACUCGCCAUUCUAGGAGAUUAAAAAGAAUCAGAUCUCUUUGAUUAAUUCAUUGAAGUUAAGAUUAUAGAAGAAUUUGUGAGAAUAUUAAAAUCAACUAAGGAUACCAAUAUAGUAAAUACUAUCCUGCAUCAAAUUUCAAUGCUGAUAACAAACAUUGGAAAAAACAUUGUUGUGCUUCUCUCUUUGCCUUAAUUAAACGAAUUUAUUAUUUAUAACUAUGAUCUAACCAAUGAUGAAACUUAGGAUUACUAUAUUAAUUUUAUUAAAAUUCUAUCAAAUAAGGUAACAAGAGAUAACAUCAAUUUAUUCUUUAAUUAAAGAUAUGCAUAAUUCCCACUUCUGCUAUACUCUUAGAGCUUUUUUAAUGCUAAGGAUAAUUUAACUCGAACGUAUACAAGACAUAUAUUAUUAUCGAUACUUUAAAUCGUAUAAAACAGUUAGAUGGAGAAUGAAUUAUUGCAAUAUCUUCAAUGCUAUCCAUUUCUAUAAGUAUUAACAAAUCACAUUGCAUUUAUGAAAGAACUGUUAUAUAAAUGGAGCAAAGAUCAAGAUUACUUUCAUGAAGAAUUAAAGAAUAUGUAUUACUUUUUUAAAGAUUUGUAUCAAAUAGCACCAUAUUUGGUUGAUAUCUUAGAUAAUCUAUUUUUUAAUAUCAUCAUUUUACCUCUUCUAUAAACAUCAUAAUAGAAAGAUGAGAGUCUUAAACAAUAGAGUAGUCUGAUUUUAACAAGCUUUUUCAAUGCUGAGAUUAAAUUUAGCAAGAGAAUACUAAUAAGCAUCCUCAUACUAUUAUUUUCACAGGAAAUUCCUAAAUAUCAAUCUAUUUAAUUGGAAUUAAACUAUGUGCCAACCAAAGACCCAGAAUUAGUAAACUUAUGCGCAAAGUUUUUUAAAACAAAUUAAAAAGAGAGUAAAGAUGGAGAACGAUUAAAUGGUUUUUUAUAAUCCAUCACUUAAACCAUAUCAUAUGUUUCAUAUAAUUAGUUAUUUGCCAAAGAGAUUCCAAAACAGGAUCUUUAUGAGGCAUUGCAAACCUUAGGAUACAUAUAAAAGCUAAAUUCAAGUAUUUUAUUUAAGGAAAAUCUAUUGUUUUAAGAUGAAUAUACAAAUCAUUUUCUUAAUGAAGAACAUUAUCAUUCAGUUUUAACUCUAUUAGAAACGGUACUGACAUCAGAAACUUUAUCUAUAAUUUCUAAAUCCCAAAAACAAAUGUUUAUUAUAAAUUUACUAAACGUUAUGUAGGAUGAACAAUAAAAAUCAAUUAAUACCUUAAAUAAUUGCUUGAAAUCAAUUGAUAUCAUUAAUUAGUUGCUUGAAGAUUAAGAUUAGAAUUUUUUCAUUUCAUAUAUUAGAUUAAAAUUAUUAAGGCAAAUGGAAGAACAUAUUCAAUCUCAAACUAUUGACUAUUAUAGAUAUUUUUCUUAGAUUGUAUUAUCUCUACAAGCCAAAAAUGUAGAAAUCCUUUACAAGAUUCCAGUAACUCAUUAGAUUAUUAAAUUCUUGCUAAUUUUAGAUUUAAGUUUUUAAAAAAAUUGGCUAAAGAAUCCUUUCGGUCAAACAAAAAAUCCUCGUGAUUACAAUGAAAUAUCAUUUAAUGAUGGAUUAAUUAAAUUAUGCAAUUUAGAAAUUAUUACUAAUAGUUUGCACUUUCAUUUAGAUGAAUGGAAACUAAUUACCUAAUAAGAUCAAAAAUAAAUAAUACUCUUUAUGAAUUUAAUAGAUGAUGAAAAAUUAGAAUUGGUUUUUACUCAAGAAAGUGAAGCAAAUAUAUUCAAGUAAAUAGUAUAUGAAAGGCAAUAAGACUCAGAAUAGCAUGCUAUUUCUUAAAUAAUAGCAUAAUUAUAGAAAUUAUACUUUUGA